AUGGACACUUACUCGCUAGCAUCCACAAAAGUUAGCGAUCAAGACCUUCAGCGAGGAUUGAAACGUAAAAGAGUGCUAUCUAUCUAUGGCCUAAAGGACAAGAAAUCGGUGCGAUUUGAUUUAGAGCAUUGUCAAGUAGCAUACACUUACUCUUCAGCCGAAUACGAUCGAGGUAGUCUUCGUCGACCUUUGACCUUGUAUCGUCCCAAUCCUGCAUUGUCGCUAUCAAUACCACCACCACACAUGCCCACCCUCAACAAUGGCGAUGACAGCCCUGCAAGCAGUGCGAGUCCUGAAACACCACCCAAUGCAUCCUCAUUUCGUAUUCCCCCGCCUAAACUUUCUAUCGACACAAGUCUUUGCGCUGGUCCGCUUAUUUUUACCAACAUGUCGACAACGUAUAUAGGCGAUGAUGAUAGUACUACAGAGGAUUUCUUGGUACCAUUGUCUGUUUGA